AGUACAUCGGCAAAACCCUAAGCCCUAAAUUUGCAAUUAUAAAAGCCAAGUCGACUUCUUUGCAAACUCGAUUUCGCCUCCCUCUAUUAGCAAGUCUUCACUCCCUAGUUUCAGUCUAUCCACUCCGGCGGGCAUGGCACCUCCAAGAGGCAGAGGCAAUGGUGGUGGAUUCAGGGGUGGCAGGGGUGAUGGAGGAAGAGGUAGAGGUGGAGGUAGAGGAGGUGGAAGAGGUUUUGGGGACAGAGGAAGCGCCAUGAAAAGUAGAGGUGGCGGCCGUGGUGGUGGAAGAGGCCGUGGAGGACGUGGUGGUGGAAUGAGAGGUGGGAGCAAAGUUGUUGUAGAGCCUCAUAGACAUGAAGGAGUAUUCAUUGCUAAGGGUGGUAAAGAAGAUGCUCUUGUCACUAAGAAUCUAGUUCCUGGCGAGGCUGUCUAUAAUGAGAAGAGGAUUGCUGUGCAGAAUGAAGAUGGAACAAAAGUCGAGUACAGGGUUUGGAACCCCUUCCGAUCAAAAUUGGCUGCAGCCAUUCUUGGUGGUGUUGAUAAUAUAUGGAUUAAACCUGGCGCUAAGGUUCUCUACCUUGGAGCGGCUUCUGGUACUACAGUCUCACAUGUGUCUGACAUUGUUGGCCCUACAGGAGUUGUCUAUGCAGUGGAAUUUUCUCACAGAAGUGGUAGAGACUUGGUUAACAUGGCAAAGAAACGAACAAAUGUGAUACCUAUCAUUGAAGAUGCUAGACAUCCAGCAAAGUACCGCAUGCUUGUUGGCAUGGUGGAUGUGAUAUUUUCUGAUGUCGCCCAGCCUGAUCAGGCUAGGAUUUUAGCACUGAAUGCUUCCUACUUUCUGAAAGCUGGUGGCCAUUUUGUUAUUUCAAUAAAGGCAAAUUGCAUAGACUCCACUGUUCCUGCAGAAGCUGUAUUUGAAAGUGAAGUGAAGAAGAUGGUACAGGAGCAGUUCAAGCCUUCUGAGCAGGUCACUCUUGAGCCUUUCGAGCGAGAUCAUGCAUGUGUUAUUGGUGGCUACAGGAUGCCAAAGAAACAGAAAGCUGCUGCUUAGCCAGUUAGAUUGUCGUUUUUCUCGGCAGUAGUCCGAAAAUGUAGGGAUUGUAUUCCUCUGAGAUUAUGGAAUUUUGCGUCUCCAUAUUAUUGUAAGGUCCUGUGGCUGUGAUUUUCUGGUAUUUAUUGACAUUGAUUUUGAAUGAAAGCAUGAUCGUUCUAGGUUUAA